CACACACACACGCUCGCUCACACACUCACUGCUCCGCUCACGCGCACGGGGAGCGCUACCUGUCCGCGAGCAGGAGGGAAGUGUGUGCACGCGAUGCCCGGACGCUGGCCCGCGCGCGCCCGCGGACUCCCGGUCACCGGUUUGCUGAGGAGGUGUGCGUGUGUGUGUCCGCAUGGAUCUACCGCUGCUGCUGCUCCUGUGCGCUGCGCUCGGCUCGAGCCACGGACAACACAAGACUCAUCAGUGUUCAGCAGCUUCAGGCUCCUGCCCCGAUGCCACCGGCCUCAACCAAGACUACAUGAUCGUGACUCCAGUUGAGGUGGACUCUCUCGGGGGCUUUGUUUCUCGCGAUGUCUCUCGGCGUCGCAGCAGGAGAUCCCUGUCGGAUCCUGCGGGUCAGAACCCAGUUCAUUACCACCUUUCUGCUUUCGGGAAGGACUUACACCUGGACCUGCGGCCUGCCGGCCUGCUGGCUGAGGGGUUCAGCGUACAGACUCUCGGCCCGGGGGGCAUCACCACCACCACCGCACUGGAUCCCGCGGUUCAGAACUGUCUGUAUCAGGGAACCGUGAGGAACCACUCCGCCUCAUCUGCAGCCAUCUCCACCUGCACUGGACUGUCAGGUCUGAUCCGGAUGUCAGGUGACGAGUUCUUCAUCACCUCACUGCCUGAACAUUUGGCUUUGGAGCACAACUACAGCGCCCCCGCUGGACACCACCCACACGUGAUUUACAAGCGUUCAGCAGAGCGUCGGGUCAACGGGGACAGCUCGGAACGAUCCAGCUACGGCUCAACACCAGCAACGAAGCACCAGCACCAUCUUCAUCAUCAUCACCACCAUCACCACCAUCAUCAUCAUGAUCAGCACCACAACCAGCAGGACUACCGGCAUGGGAAGUUUCAGAGGCAGCACUUCUGUGGACGCCGCAAGCAAUACACUCCUCAGCCCCCUGCAGAUGAUGGAUUUAUCAUGCCUGAUGAGUUUGAUGUUCCAGGCCGGACCAAGCGCUCCCCGAUCUCCUCUAAUAAGAUAUCUAAGCCUGGUGGGCUGAACGUGGAGACUCUGGUGGUGGCUGACAGGAAGAUGCUGGAGAAACACGGGCGAGAGAACGUCACCACCUACGUCCUCACUGUUAUGAACAUGGUUUCUAGUCUCUUUAAAGAUGGCACCAUCGGAAGCGAUAUCAACAUCGUCGUUGUCAGUCUGCUUCUACUUGAACAAGAUCCAUUGGGUCUCUCCAUUAAUCACCAUGCUGACCAGUCCCUGAACAGCUUCUGCCAGUGGCAGUCGGGGCUGCUGGGUAAAAACGGCAAGCGGCACGAUCACGCCAUUCUUCUGACCGGCCUGGACAUCUGCUCCUGGAAGAAUGAACCGUGUGACACUCUGGGUUUUGCUCCUAUUAGUGGGAUGUGCAGUAAAUAUCGCAGCUGCACCAUAAACGAGGACACUGGACUGGGCCUGGCCUUCACCAUCGCCCACGAAUCCGGACACAAUUUCGGAAUGAUCCAUGACGGAGAGGGGAAUCCCUGUCGGAAGGCUGAGGGGAACAUCAUGUCUCCCACUCUGGCUGGAAACAACGGGGUCUUCUCCUGGUCAGCCUGCAGCCGCCGGUACCUCAGCCGCUUCCUGGGCACAGCUCAGGCGUCCUGUCUGGUGGAUGAGCCGAAGCUGAUUGGUCAGUAUAAAUACCCGGAGCAGCUCCCGGGGCAGCUGUAUGAUGCUGAUACUCAGUGCAAGUGGCAGUUCGGUUCCAAGGCCAAACUCUGCAACCUGGACUUUGUGAAGGAUAUCUGCAAGUCAUUGUGGUGCCACAGGACAGGGCAUCGAUGCGAAACCAAGUUCAUGCCCGCUGCAGAGGGCACCAUCUGUGGGCAGGACAUGUGGUGUCGGAGGGGUCAGUGUGUGAAGCUGGGGGAUCACGGUCCGAAGGCGGUCCACGGACAGUGGUCGGGCUGGUCUGAUUGGUCGGAUUGUUCCAGAACCUGCGGGGGAGGGGUGAUGCACCGGGAACGAUCCUGCAACAGCCCCAGCCCACAGCACAACGGAAGGUUCUGCCAGGGUCCGAGCCGCGCUCACCAGCUGUGUAACACCUCACCCUGCCAGCCCAGCGCCACGGACUUCCGCGCCCAGCAGUGCGCCGAGUACAACAGCAAACCCUUCAGAGGAUGGUACUACAAGUGGAAGCCCUACACUAAAGUAGAAGAUGAAGAUAUCUGCAAGCUGUACUGCAUCGCAGAGGACUUUGACUUCUUCUUCGCCAUGUCCAGUAAGGUCAAGGACGGGACGUCCUGCUCUGAUCACAAACGGGACGUGUGUAUUGAUGGGAUAUGUGAGCCGGUGGGCUGUGACCAGGUGCUGGGGUCCACCGCUGCCCUGGAUGCCUGUGGGGUCUGCAAAGGAGACAACUCCACCUGCAAAUUCUACAGCGGCCAGUACACCCUACAGCACAGAGCCAACGAGUAUUACUCAGUGGUGACAGUGCCCCCUGGUGCCCGCAGUAUCCGUGUUCAGGAAGUGGACAUCUCCUCCAGUUACCUGGCGGUCCGAGGGACGAAACGUGGCUCCUAUUAUCUAACCGGAGACUGGACAGUGGAUUGGCCAGGGAAAUUCCACUUCGCCGGAACUACUUUCCACUACCAGCGUUCAUUCAGCCAGCCGGAGAGCCUGUACACAGCCGGACCCACUAACGAAACAUUGGUGUUCGAGAUCCUACUGCAGGGGAAGAACCCCGGCGUGGUGUGGGAGUACACACUCCCCCUACAGGAGAGAAAACCCAACUACACCUGGAGCAUCAUCCGCUCCGACUGCUCCGCACCCUGCGCUGGGGGACGUGUGUCGAUGAAGGCCAUCUGCCUGCAGGACCAGAGCACUCAGGUUAACUCCUCACACUGUAACCCUCAGACCAGACCAGCCAUGGGCUCCCAGCUCUGCAACACACACCCCUGCCCUGCACAGUGGAGUGUGGGGGAGUGGGGGGUGUGCAGCGUGAGCUGUGGAGGUGGACGGCAGGUCCGGACGCUACAGUGUGUGAGGAAGGUCAUGUAUCAGCGAGAGGAGGCGGGGUCACACUUACACUGCCCCGCCCCUACGGCGGCACACACACAGCCCUGCAACACACAGGCCUGCCCACCGGAGUGGGGCACCGGAACCUGGACACAGUGUUCUAAGACGUGUGGGCGUGGUCUGAAGACCCGGAGUGUGUUCUGCAGGAGUUCUGACCCGGGCUCCCGGACGGUGGUGGUACCGGAUAACAUGUGUAAACUCAAUCUGAAGCCCAAAGCGCAGGAGACGUGUGUGCUGAGCCGCUGUCCCAAAAACGAGAGACUACAGUGGGUCCCCUCGAACUGGGGAGAGUGCUCGGUCUCUUGUGGCGGAGGGUUUAGGAGGCGUGAGCUGCGCUGUGGAGAGAGAGAUUCCACAGGAGGAUUUACAGAAUUCCCUCAGCGCCGCUGUCGGAACGUGCGGAAGCCCCAGGCUGAGCUCCAGCAGGCCUGUAGUAAAGCCCCCUGUCCCCAGCUCCCCCCACCCAGCCUGGGCAGAGUGGGCAGCACUGUGGGGCUGGGCUGGUACUCCUCUCCCUGGCAGCAGUGUACAGUGUCGUGUGGAGGAGGUGUGCAGACCCGCAGUGUGCAGUGCCUCAGGCACGGCCGCCUUGCGGUCGGAUGUUUACCCCACCACAGACCCGUCAGCUCCCGAGCGUGCAACACACACUUCUGCCCCGCCCCUGGACUCCUACUACCACCAGUGCACAAAGGUGAUCACAACUGCAUCGAUUACUUCGGCUGGUGUCACCUGGUGCCCCAACACGGCGUCUGCAACCACAAGUUCUACGGCGAGCAGUGCUGCAAGUCGUGUUCAGCCAAUAAGCUUUAGAAGGACCACAUUUCCCAUGAGCACCCUCACUGACUCUUACUGACUGAGAAUACAAGAGCCUGUGGAUACCCAGAGGAGCCAAACUGGAUUAACUUGGGAAAGAAACUGCAGAGAAAUGAAAGAGAGAUAUGGAACUGGAGUGCUCUUUUUUGUUCCUGGAGAACCUGAUGGCAAAACAUUUUGGACAAAAGACAAACUUUAUUUUGGACUUUUUUGGUGUUUUUGCUCAUCUGGGAUCAGGACAAAAUCUCCAGGACUGGGAAACUGAGGCGUAACUGGAAGUUUGGUGCUGUAAAAGUGCCUAGUCUGGUCUUUAUACAGCUGAUUUCAGUUCAUUUAUAUAUUUUGUACAUUUCGAGUCCCUUUAAAUUAUUCUGAUCAAGUCGUGACUGUGCAUUUGUCCAGCGUAGAUCUGACCUGACCUUUGACCUUGUUUUGGUAUCGUGACCUGUUCAUAAACUCACUCAGACAACAGCAUACCAUAAUUUCAUCAGUUCAUAUCAGUAAAAACAUCAUUCGUCAUUCUGUCUGUUUUAUUUGUCUGUUUCUGUGUAUUGGUGCUUUUGUAUGUUAGACCGUACUGUAAAUACCCAUAAUUCCAUAUCUAUCCGUGGUGCAAAAUCAUAUUUUGUGGAAAUAAUUUUGUGUUUGUCUUAAAGAUAUUAAGGACAUAAACUGCACAGUCCCAUUGAA